GCGUCGAGUACGAUAAUUUAGAGUCCUCAUAGCGAGUGUCAGUUGGUCAAGGUGGCGGAGUGAGUGACGCUUAUUUGUCCCCCCUGGCGCCUCCUCGUCCCCCAUGAGCAGCCCCUGAGCACCAUGUCCGCCUUAUUCGCCUGCUCCCGCUGCUUCAGUCGCCACCCCUUCGAGGAGCUCUCCCAGGGCCAGCAGCUGUGCAAGGAGUGUAGAGGUUCCUUUCCCAUUGUAAAAUGCACAUAUUGUCGAAGCGAAUUCCAGCAAGAGAGCAAAAGCAGCACUGUUACCAUCUGCAAAAAAUGCGAGACUAUGGUCAAGCAGCACGGGAAGCCCUCAGCCUGCGAGUACUGCAACGUCAUAGCCGCCUUCAUCGGCAACAAGUGUCAGCGGUGUACCAACUCAGAGCGCAAGUAUGGGCCUCCACUAUCCUGCGACCAGUGUAAGCAAAAGUGUGCAUUCGACAGAAAGGAUAUCGACAAGAAGAAGGCAAGGCCAUUUCUGAGGUGUGUUGCCCUGCAGGUGGACGGGAAGCUGCUGUGCUGGCUGUGUACAUUGUCUUACAAGAGAGCCCUGGCCAAGACCAAGGUGACAGACCCCGCCAGACACUCUCACAUCAAGCUGGGCUCUCGCUCCGGCCAUCACAAGGAUAAGGAAAGACACAAACUGAGUGGACACAACAAGCGUCCGAACCGCCCUGACGUGACCAAGAUGCCGCAGGAGGAGCCCCCAGCCAAGCUGGGGUUAUAUGAUACAGGCAAAGACACUCAGAGUAUGGAAAUACAUGACAAUUUUAAGGCUUUGGUCUCCAGGAACUCAGGGCCGGUGCGCGACGACCCGGGCACAGCCGACCAGCUGGUGCUCAUCACUCAGCUGCGCGAGCAGAUUGCACACCUGGAGAAACAGUUAUCAGGGAAGGAUGCACAGCUCUUAGCAAAGGAGAAGCAGAUGACAGAGCUGAAGGCCUCGCAGUUCACCAUCGAGCAGGAACUCCGCCAGAAGAUGAAGAACGUGUCCCGAGAGUUCGACAGCAAGAUCGAGCUGCUGCAGAAGAAGAUACGCGAACAGAGCAGAGAAAUCGCCCUCCUGAACCGAGCGAAGAAGAAAGGUGACAAGGGUGCAGUGCUAUCGGCCACAGACGGCGGGUCCUCGGGCACAGACAGCCCCUCGGUGGGUUAGGUUAGUCCGUCUGUGUGUGGCUGUGACGGUGGCGGUGGAAGCGUGUCUCUGGUUUGUGUUCCUCAGGUGUACAGUCCUAGUUUCAAAGUUUGUCAUUAUUUGUGUCUCCACGUCCAUAUGCAUCAUCAUAAUUUAUUUUAUUCAUGCACGGCUGACAUGGAUUUUGUUUUCUUGAAUCUGUUGAGAAAUUUUUACUGGUUACAUUAGCAAGCAUUUUUUUUUGUUCAGUUCUUUGGUUCUGAUAUUCUUUGUGAGUUCAUUAAUAAUCGUUUGAGACACUUGAAACAUGGUAUGACUUCUGUGUGUUGAACAAGUAGACUAACUGAAGCAAUGCCUUCAACGAGAUGCUUUUCCUGCUGUCAUGACUCAACCGUAUGAGUUUUGUGCUUUUCUCCGUGUAUCUUAUUACCCAGCCUUGCCUUGGAUGGCCCUUAAAGCUUCAGAGGGCAAUGGCUCACUCCUCAUAAUCCUCUGUGUAUUACUACUAGGUGUCAGUGUAUAAAAAUGUACUUCAUGUCCAAGCUCCAGGUGUAUGAUUCUGUACAAUAUUGAAAUAUGCUGAAUCUGUACAUAUUACAUUGUGUUAAUUUACUUGAAUCAUCAUUGUUUUGUUUUUAUUUGUAAAUUUUGAAACAAUUAGGUAAGAAAGGAAUAUUACUAUUAAAAAGCCGUGACGGAUUAUUCUGAGGCUAUGAUAUUUUUGUAGAAAGCUGUACAUAGACGUUUUAGAACUGUGAUGAUGAAGCAGUCAAUGAGGGGCAGAGUCAAUGAGUGGGGCAGAGUCACUGGGCCGUGCUACAAGGCGAAUCCGAGAGGUUUCGGGUCCUUACAGAGUUCGGUUUAGGGGCUGUAUUACAAGUUGAAUUUGAGAAGUUUCGGGUUCCUACUGAGUUAUUCACCUCUAUGGGGACCGGAAAUUUCUCGGAUUCGACUUAUAAUACAGCCCAAUGAGUGGGAGGCGAGGGGAGGCUGACGCCGGGCACUGAGCCUCAAGGUCUGCUGGGCAUGCGCCGGCAGACCCCAGACCCACCACCCACCACCUACCUCCUGGCCAAGACAUUGAUUUUUUGUCUCACAGCUUAACUUUGUAAAACUAUUUAUGUAGAAUUUGUAACAAAAAUGCUUCAGCCAUUAUUUAUAUCAGUUACAACAAAAACACAUAUUUUCCUGCUCUAUAAAGUUAUCUUGAUGUAUACUCGUGUUUGGCAGUCUGCUCUCUUGACUCAUUAUUGAACUGCUUCAUAAUUUUAUGUCGUGAUUUUUGAUUCUCUGAACCCCUUCGUUACCGUGUCCAAGAUGUUCCUUCCCUUGACCUUAACAAGGCUUGAAGCAGACUUUGAAUGUUUGGCUCACAACUAACACAGAAGCAACUUUGUGCUGCUCAGCAAAACUUGUGGGAAUAUCUUUGUCUUCCCCUCAAACCCAUUACUCUUGUGUUUAAACUUUUAACUUUUUUUCAUCCAUGUCCAUGAAAAAAGACAUGAGGACUUCCUCCCUUUGUAAAGCCUUGCCUUUCAUUUUGCUCACAGUGCCACAAAAACUUGAUUUAACUUAUCAGGAGACUGGAAUCUUAUGUGCACAAAUAGACACACACACCAAAUUAUUCUUUGAAGAAAGCCUAACUGUAGCGAAGGGGUUGGUGACUUAUACCUCCGGCCACUGGCCUUAGCAGUGGUUGGGAAGGCCACGCAGUAUUAGUGACUGGAGACAGCCCCACAGCAAGGAAGGGAGUUCACGCCGUGGGUGAUAAAGAUUCAAUGAGCAACGUUAGACAAAAUUAUUUUUGUAAAACCUUGAGUGUCUGAAACUAUGAUCAUGUUCUUUGCUUUAAAGCAUAAUAAAAAGUAUUCUUGUGCAAAAUCAACUGUUAUCUUGCACCAACUUUACUGCCUGGAAUCGUGCCAAACCUGUUCUUCAGCUUAACAAUGUCAAAAUCAUGCUCACCUUAACUCUUCCUGAGAUUUUUGGCAUUCAGCCAAAAACAUCUUCAAUAAUUUACCUUCCCUUUUCUCUUCUUCAACCUGACGGCACUAUACAGGUGUCACAUCAAACUCUAAACCUGAACUUUUUGCUUAAACUUUCUCUUUCAAUUUCUACUUGACGAUACAGGGCAUUUUCCUCCCACACCUCUCUCUCCGUCUUUACUGUGCCUGAUGAUAACAUUCUUAAUAACUAUCCCAUGCCCAUUGUGUCUAAUUCAUGUAACGUCAGCUGAAAAUUCAUGUUUCUGGGAAGACUGUUAUCUGCAGGAUGGUUAUAUGCCCAAUACAAGUCAUGUCUGCUAGUUUUGCUUAUACAUGUUUUAGUUCUGAUAUGAGCUUAUUGUACAUUGGUCAUUUGUAAGAACAAUGGUCUCUGUAACUGCCAGGUGAGUGAUGUGAAUGGGAAGGUGAUAUAUUUAUUUCUCUCCUAUUCCUGUGUUGACCAAGGUAAUGAACAAGUUGGUGUUGGACUGUUCGGUGUUGAGUGGGCGGGCAUUGUGUUUGUGUGUACCCGCUGCAUAAUGUGAUAUUAAAACACAUAUAAGGCUGUUCAGGUAUUCUAAACGCCCGUGUAUUUUCUCUUAAGUAUUCAUAUUAUAUCAUAGUCAGAACAAAAGCCAUCCUCGAAGGGGCAGAGUCAGGUCAAACUUAUAGUGAGGAUAGGCACAAUGAGCUCAACAAAGGUCACAAGGUCACCAGGGUCAUGGGUAGACAAAUAUUAAGUGUAAGUGGAUAUAUUUUUGAGGCUUGUACGCACUAUAGUCCGGCACAAUUAUGAAGUCCUCUUGGGUGGGGGCUUGAACCUCCUCACAGCACUGCCACAUUACCCCCAAGACAUCACUCUCUCCCUCAUAUGUCAGCUAUGUAUACUAUAUGAAAUUGUGUGACAAAUAUUCUGUAAACGCUAAGUAAGAUUUGGCAGUGGUAUGGCCAGGGUACUUUCUGACUAGGCUCCACCCAUUGAAGUUCAUAGCCGAGUCUGACAAUAGUUUUCUUCAGUGCUAUACUAAUGAAUCAAUGUGCGUGUGUUUUCUGUUGCUUUGAUUUUCUACGAUUGUCAACGAACAGCCCCAAAAAAGUCGUCGUCUUCGUUGAAAAUGAUUGCCUAAAUUAAUGAGGCCUUAUAUGAAUUAACUGGUAAUUGGUAUUUAGUAGAGUAAUUAUUUGGGUGUGUAUGUGUGUUGGUGUCUGAUCUUUUUGUUCAUAUUAUCAAGCAUUACGGAUGUGUUCAAUAUGUAAAGUGCUGGAAAAGUUCUGAAACUAAUCUUGGUUAUGUUCUUUUUCAUUGUAUUGAGAAAGGAAGGAGGGCUGUAUUGAGAUGUGAAGGAAGGGAAUAGGUUUGUGAAGUGAGGGCAAUCUAUGGAAGCCUGUGUAAAAUGCUGGAGAGGUCCUAAAACUAAUCUUGCUAAUGUUCUUUUUCAUUGCAUUGAGGAAGGCAGGAAGGCUGUACUGAGAUAUGAAGGAAGGAAAUAGGUUUGUGAAGUGAGGCCAAUCUAUUGAAACCUCACUGAAAAGUAGUAGAAAAGUCCUUAAACUAAUCUUGCUAAUAUUCUUUUUCAUUGCAUUGAGGAAGGAAGAAAGGCAGGAAGGCUGUAUUGAGACAUAUAGGAAAGGAAUAGGUUUGUGAAGUGAGGCCAAUCUAUUGAAACCUCACUGAAAAGUAGUAGAAAAGUCCAUAAACUAAUCUUGGUUAUGUCCUUUUCACUGCAAUAAGGAAGGAAGAAAGGCUGUACUAUCAUGUGAAGGAAGGGAGAGAGCAGGCUAGUAUGAUGAGGCCAGUCUGUCAAAACCUGCCAAGUAUUUCAUGUGCAGUGUUGAUGUUUACAAGGGCAGCCAUAUACCAUAACGCACCCUUAGCUUGUGUGUGUCUCCCGUGUAUUACUCUUCUGUGUGUGUAAGUGUGUGAGAACAGCGUGGCAUACAAUCCUCUCAAAGAUUCACUAGUGUGUGUAUAUAUAAUGCAUCAUAAUUCAAGUUCAUUAUUUUCAUUUUUAAACUCUGUACAGAUGAUGUAUACUACUACACUUGAUUCAUGUAUUACUAAACUACAUCGCCGCCCGGGUAGUUGUGUUUAAGAUAUCGGCAUUCGUUCAUUCACUCACUCAUCACUGUUAAGGUUUAAAAGACAGGAAGGUAAGGUUUGUGUGUGGGAGGGAGAAGAAGAAAAAGACGAGGCGCUGGAGGGUCAUCGUCCUCUGCUAUAUCGAACAUAAUUAUCUCUUGAACAAUCUGUCCAUAAUAUCAUUGAAUUGAAGUCGCAUGUAAUUUGUAACGGAAGGUAGUUACUUAAUAAAAAGCCAGCGAAAGAGAA